UAUACAUACAGACACAGAGAACACGAAAAUGUCGAAAAUGUCUAAGUUCAUGUUUGGUGCUGCGGCGGCGACAGGUCGGAAAAUGUCUAAGUUCAUGUUUGAUGCUGGGCGGUCCAUCAUUGCCGCGGCGGCGACAGGUCGGUUUGAGGCGGCGACAUGUGUUGCGGCGGCGACGUCCUCCACUGAGGCGGCGACAGGUCUCUGUCGGUCCUCCGUUGCGCCGCGGUUGUUCGGUAGCUCAUCCGUUCGGUUUGCGGCGGCGACGUCCUCCAUUGCGGCGGCGACAGGUCUCUGUGGAUCCUCCGUUGCGCCGCGGUUGUUCGGUAGCUCAUCCGUUCGGUUUGCGGCGGCGACGUCCUCCACUGCGGCGGCGACAGGUCUCUGUGGAUCCUCCGUUGCGCCGCGGUUGUUCGGUAGCUCAUCCGUUCGGUUUGCGGCGGCGACGUCCUCCAUUGCGGCGGCGACAGGUCUCUGUGGAUCCUCCGUUGCGCCGCGGUUGUUCGGUAGCUCAUCCGUUCGGUUUGCGGCGGCGACGUCCUCCACUGCGGCGGCGACAGGUCUCUGUGGAUCCUCCGUUGCGCCGCGGUUGUUCGGUAGCUCAUCCGUUCGGUUUGCGGCGGCGACGUCCUCCAUUGCGGCGGCGACAGGUCUCUGUGGAUCCUCCGUUGCGCCGCGGUUGUUUGGUAGCUCAGGGCGCCGGUGCUACAGCGCAAAGUCCCAUGCAUUCAAACAGAAAUUUCAUUGUAAAACGUGCUAUGAACUGAAUGAUCAACCGGGGCCGACAUAUCACAAGAUGAAGUGGCAAUUUAACUCUCCCACGGAACUUUCUGCGCAUUACCAAAGCAGAAAAGCUAAGGGAAUAUUCGAUGCACAUCCCGAAUUCAAGCUACAAUUUGGAAAGAGUAAGAACACUGUAUGUGACCCUCAGCAUCGCAUUUGUGACUGCGGUGCCCGUUUUGAUUCGCCGGAUGCAUACUACUUGCACAAGAAUACUCCAUAUAAAGGCGACGACGGCACACCUAUGUUUGGAUGCAUUCUGAAGCCGGGUGAAUCCCUGCGCCAGCUUUCGGACAGGCUCGUCCAAGAGCUGAGGGAUGAGCGUAGGGGUAGGGGUGACUAGGCUGGGUUUGGGUAGUAAUCUUUUUGUCGUUAGUAAUCUUUUUGGGUCGUUAUAUGACAUUUUAUUGUCUGUAACUAGUAACUUUUUUUUGUCUUUUAAAAUAUUCCCGGACUUCAGUUUAACACGCAAUUUCCUUCUUAUU